CGAAAAAGGCGAAGGGGGUUCUUUAAGAUUCUUCGGUUCUUGUUCCUUUCCCUAUUUCUUGAUUCUGCGUGAAGGAAAAUGCGCCAAGGGCCCGUGACAGACCUGAAUUUUUGUGCGGAGGCAUGUUGGUAAAAUAGAUGACGCUCUUCAGAUCGCCAAGAAAAAGACGAGAAACCUUUGACAUGGCCUGUUUCCUCGUGUUUUCCUUUUAGCAUGGUCCUUGGCCUCCUGCCCAGACAACACUGGAGUCGGAGGACCAGCCGACCCCGAAUUUUGUGUCCUGUUGAGAAACGCUUUUGUUCUCUCCAGAUUCCGUCUUGGAUUCCGUCUUACUCUGACAAAGCUUCAGUUCUUUUCCUCUGCCUUUCCCUCCGUGACUUGGUCGUUUUCUGGAUCGGUGCUCCGCCCGUAGGUCUUUUUCGCUGGUGACUAUGCUGUCGCCAGCUGUCUCGGCAGACCCACUGAGCGCCCUUUCUCGCUUCUUGUUCUCCUCAUCCAGAGGUCAGAGAAUGUAAGAAAUCGCUUGGCCCCGAACUGAGGACGCUGCUGGAACCUCGGAGUCUCCCGACUCCACCUUUCCUGUCAGCUUUUCUCUGCUUCUGACCUUUCCGACACACCAUGGCGCAUGCUCCGUCGCGCCUCUUCGGCUUGUUCGACGAGCUGCGGAAGGCAGACCGUGUUGAACAUCUUCUGCUCUGUCCGUUUGUCUCUGCCCUUCCGAGUCUCGUUGUCGCACGGCCUUCUUCUCUCGAUGUCUACGAUGUGACCUUCCCGCCGGUGGAGGCCUCAGACGCGGAGCCUCGCGAGCCCUCAGCCGCGGCCGGAGGAGGUUACUCUGGUGGAUCUCUUCUUCCUCAGUGUGCUUCGGUCUCUGGAGAGAACGCUCCGGACUUCGAGAAGGCCGUCCCCACCCCCGUUCUGUCUUUGCGGUGCUCGACGCCCCUAGCGGCAGUGCCCCUAGCUGUUUCGGUGAUUCCAGGCGCCUCGGCCGCUUCCAAAGGCUCCCAAGCGCGUUCAGUUGGCGGAAAUGCAUUUUUGGGUUCAGCGCCCUUCUCACCGUUUCUCCCCUUCUCCGCUUCUGUCUGCCCGCCUCUGUUCUCGCAUGCGUUCCCCGGCCCUUCGCCAUGUCUCCCGUCGCCUGCGGGCUCGUCUUCUGCGUUUCCUGCCGGCGAGGCUGGACGACCCCCCGCGCCAGCUGCGCGCCACACAUGCCUUGGUUCCGCUUCUUCUCUCUCUCCGUUUGCCUCUGGCCCCGCCCCCGGCUCGUUCGUUCCAGGAGCCGAUGCGUGCUGCUCGCUGCUCCUCGUCUUUCCAAACUACCAACUGGCGACCUGCGUCUACGAUCCAUUCUUCAACAGUAUUCGCACCUCGACUCUGCACUCUUUCCAGAGGACGCUUGCGCCGCAGGCUGCAGCCGUUUCGCAGCUUUAUGUCGAUUUGUAUCUCCCGAGAGACCAGCGCGGUGGCGCACCCCGGGGCGAGGGCGAAGAAGCGGGGCGAGACAAAAGGCCCCUGGGGUCUGAGCAGGCUUUCGCCGGGGGUCCCGAGGCCCUGGGAGGCUCGCGCCUGCUGGAGACAGAGCGCUGGACGGAGUCUGGGGGAGGCAAAGCCGGCCAAGGGACGACGGAGCCCCAGAAGGAAGACCAAGCCAUGGUUCAGCUUUCUCAGAUGCCCCUGGACUGGGCUAGACUGUGGACGCAUGCCUGUGUAUUCUCUGAGCAAGACACUUUGGGGACGGAAGCGAGAGAUGAGACGCACGGCGGGACCGGAGACACUCUCGUGGUCGUUUCGAUCGACCCCAUUCACCUCGUUGUCCUCGAGUUAACGCUUCCACCCCGCUCUCUCCAGACUGUCUCUGCUUUCUCUGAGGAGAAUGCUCGCAAGCAGGCCUCAACAACCUCGGGAAGCCACAAGGCGGGGUCUGGGCGAGAAGCCAAAGACACGGAGGGAGUCCAACAAGGCGAUCUGCGUUCAUCGCAUAAAGUGGAUGUCGAAAGCACUGAUGAGGCGCAAACAUCUAGGACGGACUCAGGGGCCUGGAAAGAAGGCGGAGGUGUGUGCCAGCUAGGGACUGCCAAGGAUCCGGAGACUCUCGGGAGCGCCGAGACGAGUUUCGGACGUCGCCCUCAUGGGUCGCCGGACUCCUCCUCAUGCUUCGCUUCGCCCAUGGCCCCCUCGGCCCUCCACCCCCCGGAGGCGUCUCCGUCUCCGUGGCUGCGGGGCCCUCUCGCGGGCCGUGGGUCCCCAGGAUGCCCUGCAGAGGGAGUGAUGUCCUUCCCCACUUUCUUGCCCCUUGCCCCGGCGCCGGCUGGCUUCGCGCCUCACACAUUCACCCAGGAGCCGCAGGCCGGGAGUGCCACCGGUGGCGUGGAACCUCCCGGUGCGUCCACCGGCCCAUACGCCCCCGUUGCGGCAUCUGCGCACUCGCGACCGCAAGAAGAGCCAGUGGACCUCUCAGGGCCAGCCGUCGGCGCCCAAGCAGUCCCCGACUGGGUGUGGGGCGACCACCGAGUCAUGGUGGGCGGCGCAUGCGUGAGGAGCUGCUGGCACAUUUCUCUGCUCGAGGAUCUCCCAGCGACAGUUUGUUCGGCCUCGACGUUGAAGGCGCCUUCUCACUCUUCGCCGGCUCCGGCGGGCGCCUCUGCCCGGAAGCCGGGGUCGCUGGUAGGCCUGCGGCGACCCCCCCCGGCUCCUGAGGGCCCGGGGGGCUCCCAGGCCCAUGUGGGGGAAGUGUCUGCGGGGCGAAUCAUUGAAAUGAAAAAGGUAGCGGGACGUAUGCUCCCGACUUUGGCGUUGCUCAUGGAGGUUGGAGCCCUUGAGUUGGGGGGAAUCUACGGCGAACUUGACCGAGGGAACAGACGCGGCGAGAAGGAACUAAUGAUCGUCGUUCUCGCCAUCAUUCCCGAGCUCAGGGAAUUCCAAGUGAUGCGAAAGAUCCAAGGCAUCCUCCCGGACUCGUUUUCUCUGGUGCCGCUUCCGGCCUCUCUGGGAGGCGACCUGCUCUGCGUCUCCCCCGAUACAGUGAGCGUCCUGCGAAUUCGCGAGGGUGCUGGAGACCCGGCUUCGUCCCUGUCAGGCGCGGCGGCGGCGGCAUCUCUGGCGCGCGGCGCGGACCCCACAAGGCCCCCUCGGAAGGGCCUUCUGUUCCCGGAGGACGAGGACGAGCACGGCCGAGCGUCGCGAAUAGAUGAGCGUCAUUUCGAGGAUGAUGAGGGCGAGGCUCUCAGAGAAGAAGACCUCCUCCUCAAGGCCAUUCGCAGAGGCGCAGGCAGAAACGGGGGCCUCACCCAAGUGGUAAACAGCGCAGGGCGGCAGAGAUCAGAGCUGAAGGACCUACCCACCGUCAUUUUCGACCAGAGCGAAAUUCAAGCUGACCUCGGAGGCGCCGUUGUCCACAUGAUCGGAGACCAGUGCUGCCUCUUUGUCCUCAAGAACAGCGGCCGCCUUCUCCUCGCCCAUUUCGUGUCUCCGACGCCGAGUGUAGGAGUGACAGAUAUUUUUUGGAGUUCUCCUUUGAUUUCUCUGCCUUCGCCAUCGCGGCUUCCUCCUCCGGCUUUUUCGCCCUCUCUGCUGGACGUCUUCCCGUCUCAGACAGUUGCGUCGUGCUAUCUGUCUCCUGCAUCUCUCUCUUCGCUCGCCCCCGCGCUCGCACCGGCUCCGUCCUCGCCAGUGUCUCCAGGGUCUCCAGUGUCUCCGGGGUUCGCAGUGGCCCUGGGGGGCUGCUCGCAGGCAGCAUCGGGUCUAUCACUUUUGGUGUUUUCUCCAACGAGCUUGGAGACAACGCGGCCGCCCUCGCAAGUCUCACCCUUCUCUCUCUACUUGCGUCGCUUCGACGACAGCGCUGGGCGCGUGGUAUGGAGACGCGCGAGCGAGGAACCUCAGGUGGAGACGCGGGGCUUCUCGGUCGGGGCCGGGUGGACGCUGCUGGGGGCUUCGACCCGCAAAUCCCUUGGUGCGCGGGGUGUCGAAGACCCGGAAGAGGAGACAGGCCGGCAGCUGUUCACUUUGGACGGGAAGGAACUCCUGGAGGUCGACCCCCGCGGCGACCUUCAGCUGGCUCGGCAGGAGGCCCCCAUUCUUCGUCUCGAAGAAGAGAGUGAAAGGUGGCGUUUGAGAGAUGAGGGUGACAACAUGCCGCCGUCUGGGGCUCUGGAAGGGUCUCUGUGUCUCCCCGACCAUGGGGUCUCUGCGGCGUUGGCCAAUCGCCUGUCUCCAGGGGCGUGUGAGACGGACUCGACGACCGCGCCGAGAAAUCCUGGUCGGUUUCUCAGGUGGCUCUGCAUGCUGCGCCCCACAACCCCACAGGGACAGCAGACACCGUCGACGUGGACAGGGUCUCCGGUCCAGGGGGAUGUCGAUCUGGCCCUCGCCGAGUCCCUGGGGGCGGAGGCGGGCCGCGACGGCCCGUGGGUCCUUCCGUCCUUCAAUGUCGUCCUCGUGGACGUUCUCUGCAUGCCGCGGAGUGGCGCAGUUCGGGACUUUGCCGAGUUCCCACCCCACAUUUCCUUUGAGGCCCUUCUUGCGGCUCCCUCGCCCCAAACAUCGUACCCGUCCCUGCCUGCACCGACCGCGAAGCCGGCGUCGGAGAACGGGAUCCCUCCUCCGCCCCCACCCCCGCCUCCGCCCCCAGCGGCUUCUUCCUCGGGGCAGGUCGCCGCUUCUUCUCCGUGUUUCCAAUCCGCAGCAGGUCUUCUGAGCACUUGGGGCAGCACGACCUGGCUAGCUGCUCUGGGCCUGCGCCAGUUCGGCCGGAUCGUCUUUUCUCAGCGAGCUGUCCCCAGUGUCUCCAAGCUGGCCGCGAGUCUCCGCAGCGAUCACCUCGCCCCUCUCGGGGCGCUCUGGGCUCUGGAGGCCUUCCCGCUCCGGUCGCGCCCCACGCGGGACGCGGGCGAGGGCGGGGACGAGCAUCCGCGGUGGGGGCGGAGGCGCGGGUCAAGAGGUCCCGGCGUUCCGAAGCACCGCCUACUGCUUGCGACCUCGAACCCCCAGGAUCGGAGACACCCCGGGCGAACCGUCGUCUGCCAGAUCUCGCCCAAGUUCCUCCGAGAAGAAGAACGCGCCCCCGACGAAGGGGAGCUCGAAAUCUUUCAAACGCCGGGCCUCCCACGGGUCAGGGAGAAUCCCCGAAGUCCCCUGACUCUCUCGGGGUCGCCGCAAACCGCCUUUUGCCUCGCCAAGGCGACUGUGGGGUGCGGAACAAUGUGUGACGGCCUGCUCGUGUUUCAAGUGGCGACAGACGAGAUGCGCGUUGUCGCCGGCCUCAUGCCUUCGCUCCUCAUCGGGGCGCUCCCUGCGGCUUCCUGGGGCGUCUCGGAGAGCGACAUGCAAUCUCCCGCGGAGGAACGGGCCUCCAACGACCUUGGGCUCGAGCCAGAGGUGCCGAAGGCGAGUGGCUUGGCAGGUGAAGGCUCGCAGAGACCGGGUGUCGCUGCUGUUGCCCCUUCCGCCACUUCAAGAGUCACCGCAAUUCAGGCGCGGGUGUGUGAACCGUUCGUUGUUGCGCUCGACUCGGAGUUCCGGUUUUCCCUCUGGCGCUUAAAGCGUUCUGUUGCCGCGAAUCUGUGCGAAGAACUUCUGCAAGUCUACAGCGACCAUCAGCAGCAGCAGGCGCUGCUGGAGGGUCUGGACGAGCAGGAGAGAACGAACUUGUCUUUCUCUGCCGCGGAGCCGUUGCUUUCUUCUCGGCCAGAAAUCGACAGGCUGCUUCCUCGGGUGCCCGCCAAGCUUCUCCCGGUCUCGCUGCGCCGCGCCAAGGUGAAGUCUCUCCAACUGUUCCCCUUUCAGCGGAUGUCUGCAUGCGCGGCGCGAGGCGAGGAAGCCGUGAAGGACGAGAAGACGGAACGCGCAUGCGGUGGCCAGCCGCCCGAGACAGGCGCAGACACUGAGAAGCUCGCGGGAGAGCAUGGCGGGAAUCCGAAACCGAGACACUCGCUGACAUCGAGCCUGGGGCGCGCGAGUCGGCAGCCAGGCACGUCGAAAAAUGGAACAGUUCUCUUGUGCGCAGUGACCCUGCAACAGGGCAUGCAGGUGCUGCAGAUCGUUGACCUAUUCUCGAUGUCUGUUCUCUUCUACUCCACGGACUUGCUUUUGGUGCCGCCGAUUUUGAGAAACGUCGGCCUGCCUUGUGGAUCCAAGGGCUUGGGUGUCUCCCGCCAGGUUCGCGAGGCCUGCUCAGAUGCCGCGCGCGCUCUCUCCUCGCCCUCUGCGGAUCCGCGGCCAGACAGAGCCCAAGGCUCCGUCGCCGCGCUCCACCGCGGUCGUGUCUCCUUUCGCAGGGCUCUCGCGGGGGCGCCGGAGACCGCGUGGCAGCCCCAGGGCCGACAGGUGAAGGCAGAGGCCUCCGAGGAGACAGAGACUCUUCCUCGAGACGCCGCGAUGGAAGAGUUGAGGGACGCGGAGGCCAGUCCCCCUGACGGCUGCGCCUAUCACGAAGAAGGGGAGCGCGCCCCGAAGAGACAUUGCUCCGGCGGGGAGGCGCCCGGCAAAGAGACCGAAGCUACAGAGAGCUUAUGGACCUCGCCGCUGUUACUCUCCGACUGCAUCGAGGAAGUCCUGGGGGCGGAGUUGGUAGACUUGAGCCCUCGCGGCGAACAUGGGGAGCGCACAGACGAGGACCAUGGCCCGACGCUCGUCGUCUUCAUCACAGGGAGGCCGGUGCUCAUCUAUCGCGCCUUUUCGUUCUCUCUCGGGCAGGCUGUGGACGCGAAGAAGCAGGACUCUGUGCGCGUUCCUUCGUCAAAAACAGCUGGGACCCCAGGGGUGUCUCCAGGUCUCGAACACUGCUUCCCCGAAGCCCACCCGCGAUUCCCUUUCCGGUUCUCUCUUGUUGUCCACGAUGUCGCAGACCCCAUUCCCAGUCACCUUCCUCCGGCCUUUUCUGACCUGUCUCCUCUACAGUCUUCUCCUCAGGCGUCUCUGCAAGCGUCUCCGCUCUCUGCGCUCGCUCGGGCUGACCGCGGGACUGGCGCCGCGCUGGCCGAGUCCCAGUUCUCUUCGGGGGCUGUUGUCCCCUUUGAGGGCAUCCGUGGCUCUGGGAGCGGCGCCUUCAUCGUACCGCCCUGUCGCUCGAAGCCGGGACUCGGAGACGCGCAUGCAGAGGCCUUCGAAGAGACUCAAGGCCCGCCAGUCUUGUGGAUCUUCAGCGAACGAAACGAACUCUUCGUUCACCCCCAUGCACGCCGGGAUGUGAUCGCCGUCGCCCCCUUCAACAAUGAAGCCUCUCCAGAAAGCUUCUUCUCUUUGACCAGCGAGUCUUGCCUGGAGCUCUCGGAGUUGCUCUUCUCUCCGACUUUGGACUUCCUGGCUGCCGCCUCAACGGGGUCGCCCUGCGCGCAGGUCGAGCUGCGCGCUCCCUGGCCGUGUCUCACGGUACCAGUACACUUCAGUCCCUGCCGGGUGUGUGUCUCUGCCGGCGGAUCUUACCUGCAUCCGUCGACCGGCCGGAAACCUCAAAGCUCGCCUUUCGCGCGGCCGUUGGACGUCCGUGUCAAGACGCCCCACAGUCCCCAGGGGCCUUCUGCUGUGCUGCGCUUCCCCUCGGACAUUUCGACGCUUCUGCGGUCCGCUCUCGCUUCCUCGGCGCCGCCUCGCGGCCGGCUGUUCGCGGUUGCAGGCUGGCACGAUGUGGAGGAGAACCCAAUGGUCGCCGAGUGCUUGGCAGAGCGCAACGCCCUGCAGCUGGAGCAGCUGGAGCUCGAGGGCCGGCGGAAGCGCGGCGAGGACUUGCGCGCAGAUGACAGUCAAGACGAAAUCGCUCCAAAUCCGUACCUCGUUGCAUGCACAGACAAACGCGUGGAGGCGGCAGGGAAACUGGGGAAGCUGUACGAGGUUCGACUCUACCACGAAUUCGACCUGCACAGGCCUGUUGGGACAUACACGCUGAGGACUUGCGAAGAAGUUCUCAGUCUCUCCUUCGUCGUUUUGGAUGGGGUCGAGCAUCUCGCCGCGGGUGUGGGGGUGCCUCUGUCUGAGAACGUCGAGUGCGGCGGCCGCGUUUAUCUUUUCAAGCUUCCCGAGUCUUCUUUGCGAGUUGUGCCGGCUGGAAACGCAGGCGACGCCCCGACAGAAGAGGCCGAGUUCGGGACUCCGGAGCGCCUCGAAUUGUUCGCGGACAUCGUGCUCAACGGACCAGUCACUGUCGUUGGAAGUUUCUUCUCUUCACCUGCAGAACGGAGCUACGUUGUCCACUCUGUCGGACCGAGGCUCUUCGUCCACGAAAUGGAAGGCAGCAAGUUCUUGCGGGGCGCCUUCAGCGACGCCUCUGUCUGUGUGACUUCUGUCGCAAAUAUCCGAAACUUCUUUCUCCUCGGCGAUGCCCUCAAGGGUCUGAAUCUCGUCUCGUGGGAAUACCACGCAGAAGCCGACUCACGGAAAAUGAUCCGAGUUUCGCGUACUUUCCCCAAGUCGAAUUUGCCCGUCGUCGCUUGCAGCUUCCUCACUUACGAGAAUCUCCUCGGAAUGCUGGCGACGGACAUCGACGGGAACGUCAGACUGUUUUGCUACAACGCCGACAAGAAUUCUCCCGGCUUUGAGAAGCUCGACAUUCUUCAGUGCGACGCAGAAGACCGCUGUGCCGCCGGCUGCGUGGUGAAGCUUCAGCAAUUUGUGGUGGACUCCGAGACAGUCGCUUCGUUGGGAGAAGCUGCUGACAGCUCCACGCUCGUCUUCCGCCUCCUCGCGUCUGACAGUUAUUCUUUCCUUCAAACUCUGCAAGAUCGAAUGGCGCAAUACCUGCCGGAGCCGCUGGGUCUGUUUCUCCCCGCGGGGCGUCUGCCUGUUGGAGACGUCUCUGUCUGGACCAAGUGGAACUUUCGUUCUUCUUCUCUCGUCUCCGACGCCGACGACCAAGUCUUGGGUGCCCGCAAACGAAUGCUCGACACCACACUGUUGAAGGUGUUCCCCUUCCUCUCCCUCCCCGUGCUCGCGGGCCUCUUGUGCCCGUAUAUAAGCCGAAGGAGGCGGCGGGCCGCAGAGUCGGCGACGAAGAGCGAGACGAGUGUCCCCACGGACGCCAGCGCCGGGGCGCAUAGGGAGGCUUUCGUGGAGGAAGCUGAAGAAGCAGAGUCAAGUACUUUUUCCCAGUUCGACUCCCUGGCUUCCUUGCGGCAGUUUCUCGUGGCUUCUGGAGCGCUCGAGGGCGCAUACACUCGCUUGCUCGUCUGAGCGAGGCUGCUGACACAGAGACUUGUUCAUUCUCUUCUUCUGUCUGUUCCAGCGCAUUUGGUGUUCCGAAUUCCUGUUCAACGUCACUUCCGAUUUCCUGUUCCCUUCGGCAUCUCCUCACUGCAUUAUGUUUAGUCCCCUCUGCUCUUCGGUCUGUCUCGGACUCCCCGUUGGUCCCCAAAGUCUGCGUCGUGGAUCUUUGCAUUUCCAAAUGUCCACACGCAAGUCGUCGGUUGGCAGUCAAAAACAGUUCCAAGAUGUUCCAUCACCGAAUCGACGCGAGAAACUUCCAAAAAGAACGCAAAAAAAUGUUAAAGGAAAGUCUGUUGCUCGAGCGUGAGGGAACCCGCCUGCUGUUCCAUGUUUCCUACGUCCCCGUGGAGGAGAUACACAUCCAUCCACCUGCUCAAGGGCACCCACAUACACACAUGCUGCCUUAGAUACCUCGCUACUCCUCUCUACUUACACAUCCAUAUAUACAUAUAUAUAUAUAUAUAUAUAUAUGUAUGUAUAUAUGCUUAUUUG